GCAUAGGACGCGGCGUACGUUACAAUGUACCGUCGCUUGACAAAUAUUUUUUAAUUUAAUUAGUCUUGUGUUUUUUUUUUUAUCGAUGUUUUGUUUCGAUAUUAGCCUAUAUUUCUAUAUAACGUGAGAAAUAUGAAACUAAAAAGAUAAAAAUAGCUACAUAAUUUGUUCAUUGUUUGUAAAAGAUAUUAUAGGUUAUAAACGCUCGCAUGCUUUAAUCGCAAACGCGCGUACCUUUCGCGUUUAUCUGUGGUAAAAUGAAUUUUUCCGGAAAUAAUACAGUCCACGGUGCACUCCCACAAUUUUCGGAGUUAACGUCUCGUUCAAGCACGGUUUCCACGUCGAAAUUUACUAGUAGUGAUAAUACUCAAGUAGAACAAACAUCAGUUUAUACAACUGCUGCUGUAUCGAAUCAAACAAAACCAAGUUUAUUGAUAAAUUCAACAAAUAAAUAUACGGGGCCAAUAUUAGCAUGGCCAGAUCCAAAUACUUUGAUGCAACUCUGUGAAAAGCAAGGCAUUCAAACCAUUAACAUUCCUAAUUACAAUCAGAAUAGUCCAAUACUUAGUGUUCAGACAAAUAAUUUACCCGUAAGGAUUAUACCUAAUAUGUACUUACCAUCAACUUCACAAUCAGAAAUUAUAAAACAAGAGUUAGAAACAAGAAUUGAAAAUGGAAAACAAAUAUCUACAAUGCAAGAUUCACAACUUCAACAACAAAGUGCCAUGGCAGAAUAUUUUCAAAAAUUACAAGCUACUACACUUCCAUUAACAUUACAACAGUUGAUUAAAUUACAAACAGAACAGGUGAAAAAAGAAAAGACUGAAGAGGAGAAAGUGGAGCACACACAAAACAAUAUUCUUAACAUUCCCAGUGUUUCAGUAUUUAGAAAUACUCAUUUACAGAAUGGGAAUAAUAGCUUCAUGAAUUCAGAUCAAAUGCUAGUAUCUAUAAAUCCGAAUGAUCUAAAUGUUCAAAUAGAAAACCAACAAGAAAAUGAGAAUACAGUGCAAACUAUUAAAGUAGAACAACAAAUACAAACAGACUCGCCAAAGACCGAAAAAAAAAUGAAAUUUCGAGCGAAAACGGGAGAAAUCAAAAUCAGCGUCGCUUUAGAUGGUUCGACACUUUAUUGUUGUCCAGAAUGUAAUUUGGCAUUUCCGGAUAAGGCAGAAAUUGAACAACAUAUACAAGCUCAUAUACAAGAACGCAAAUAUCAAUGUAAAGAAUGUGGUGCAAUGUUAAAACGAAAGGAGCAUCUAGAUCAGCAUAUGCGCGGUCAUUCAGAUGAAAGACCAUUUAAAUGUCCAGUAUGUCAAAAAGCAUUUAAAAGAAACGAACACUUAACGAGGCAUUAUGUGAUUCAUUCUGGCGAUAAGAAUUUUUCAUGUUCGGUAUGUCAAAAAGCCUUCUCUAGGAAGGAUCACUUGAAUAAACAUACUCAAACACACUUAGGAAUUAGGAGAAAUAGAACAAAGAAAGAUUCUUUUUUUAUGGAACAAAAAGAAUCUUUCGAUAAAGCUUCUGAAAUAUCUAAACAAGAUGUAAGCUUUGUGCUGAAAGAUGGUUUUAUGAAACAAGAGCCUAAUUUUCUCCAGUAUAUUCAACAUCUUCAAAAGGAUCAGAAUCUGAUCCACACAUUCUCCUCAUUUAAGGAACAAGCAAUGAAAGAAACGAAUAUAUUACAACAACAAGCAGUCAACAUGAAUGAAAUUCUGCCUCAGAAUACAAGGUACUUAAUGCCGUCUUAGUCAUAAAUAAGUCCAUCUAAAUCCAAAGCAAUAAAGGCUGUUCAUAUGGGAGCGUUGUGGUUAGCACAAAAUAGAAAAUUGAUUAAAUAUAUAUUAGGAAUUGCAACCUAUUCUAUAAUUUAAAUUGAAAUUUUUGAAAAAAAAAAAAAGAUGAGAAAAAGACAGCACUAAGAGACUGAGGUGCAAUUGAUUAAUCAAUAUUCAUUAAUGAUAGAUUUUCAUAAUAAUUGAUGUUUGAAUGAUUGAGUUCUAAGCUGAUUAAAUUUCAAUUAAAUUUUCAAUGAAUUUGAAACAUAACUAUUUUUUUUCGUUUCACAAAGAAAUAUUAGUAUUCAGUGAGCAGUACCUUAUAUUCAUAUUCUUAAUGAACACAUUAUAAGCUAUAAUUAAGUUUCAUUAUUCAUAUUAAAUAGUAUCAUUUAAUAGUAGUCCGCUACAAAGCCUGAGUGAGUCUAACAAUAAGUUUAGAUAAAUUGAAAUAAUAAAAAAAAAAAUAAUAAUAAUAUACGAAACAAAACGAGCAAUCAAUUUGCAUUAGAGUACAUCGUUUAUCUUAUUUAAAUUAGCUAUAAAGAAAAUAGUUUGUUUAUUGAUUCUAGUCUAUGAUCACAAAAUAUAAACUUGACAUAAAUCACUGAACUUGAUUUUUUUUUUUUUUAUUGUGUUCGUAAUAAAAGAUUUUUUUUUCUUUCUUUCUUUUAUAAAUCGAGUUCAGUGUGCAUGUUUGUGUCCUAGAAUGGAGUACGUAUAACAAAAAUAAUAAACAAUGAUAGCGUUGAAAAAUACGCAAUGCCAAUCUGCCGUUAGGAUAAUUUCAAAGCGAGUACGAACGAGUAAUAGUAUACUGCCAAUAAAUAUGGUUAUAAAAAUUUGUAGAAUAAUUCUGUAUAUAAGUACUAUACAAAUUUUACCUGAUGGAGACUCAGUAGGUAUGUUGUUUAAAACUUGAUCUCUGAUUCGUCCGUAUUCAUAUUUACCAUACCUAUACAUACGUAUUUUAAUUAAGCUAUUUACCAUUUAUUAUUUACUAUAAUAUAAUUCAUCGUUUUUUCUUUUCAAUUUUUUUCAUAUUCCAAUUGGACAAACAUAUUUUUUAUACAUUUGAUGUCUUUUAAUAAUAUUUUCAAUGAAAAAUGCCAUUAUGAUCAUUUUUUUUUUACUUUUAUUAUUUUUUUAGAAUUUUCUAAAACAAAAAAAAAAAGAAAUUUUUAUUAAAAAGUAUAACUAUAUAUUUUUUAAGAAUUUUUUUUUGUAAUGUAGUUUACGUUGCAAAUUAUGUAUUAAUUUUUGUAAAAGUUUGAGAAGUGAUAUUAGAGGAAAGAAAGAUUACUUUGCUCAAUAUUUUAAAGUGACUUGAAAAUCUUUUUGUUUUUCUUCGUACCAAAGAAUAUUCGCGUUUAAAUAAUGAACGAAAAAAAUAUAUUAUUAUUUGAAUAACAUUAUUUUUGAUCUUUUUUUUUUUUAUUUUUUAUUUUAGAUUCAAAGAAGUUCUUAUUAUUUUUUACUUAUUCACGAAUGAAUUUUACUAAAAAUGAAACUUUCUGUACUGUUCAUUUCAUAGAAAUCAAAUUUCUAAAGUAAAAUUUUUAUCAUACAAUUUCUUAUAUUUACUCAGAAAUUUCUUAAAUAAAAAUAAUAAAAAAAAAUUGCUCAAAAGAUAAUUUUGAAAUAAAAACAGUAAAUUGUCAAAAACAUAAGAAUUUAUAAAAUUGAUCUUCAUUUAUUUUUUAAUUUCUUUUUUUAAAAAAAGAACUUUUGUACUUUUUUUAAAAAAAAAUCUGUUGUACUAUUCUUUUUAUUAUUUGUAAAAUUAUUUUAAAUAUACAUAUAUUUUAUUUAUAAUUUUGAAAAUAUAAUUUUUUGACAAUUUACUAUUUACUAUUUACUAUAGAACAUGCUUCUAAAUAUUUCCAUAUAAAUUUUGGAACUUGAGAUUACAUUUAAUUAUGACCAACAUCUUUGAAAUGUCUGCUAGGCAUACAUAAAAUUAGAACGAAUGACUGCGGAUGGCACUAAAGAUAUAAGACUCAUACCGCAUUGUAAUAGAACCAAAGACUUUAAAUAUUCGUGAGAAUAACAGUAUUUUGUCUUUUCCUCCUGAACUUCUUGAAACUCCUGCUUUACUUUGCCCUGGAUAGAAACAAUUAUCAAUGAUAUCUUGAAAAUUUUGAUGGAUUUCUUUCUAAGAAUAACUAUUGUAAUUAUCUUAAUUUUCAAGAAUUUCUAGUAUCGUAUCAUUAUCCUGGGUUAAGGAAACAGUACUAAUCUUUCCAUUAAAAUUAAUUAAAUAGUACGUAAGAUAUCGAUGUUCACAUUCUUGUGGCAAUUUCUCGCGGACAUUACAAUACGUAAAAUGAUGUGACGAAGGUGUUGAAAUAUUUUAACAAUGGAUUCGCGACAAGGUGUUACUCGAUGAACGAUUGUUAUGUAUAAUAUGAUGAUUGCCAAAAAAGAAAAGAAAAAAAAAAGAAAAGAUGAAUGGAUAAAAGGUAACACAUGUAUUUUUCAGACCAAGAUAUUUUUGAAUAAAAUAAAUGUAAAGAAAAAAUUUA